CCACAUGCUUACAAGGGGCUCGUUCUCUUCUCCAGCUGCAGGAAGCCCAGCGGUUCCUUCCGCUGAAUACCUCAACCGCUCCGUAGGGCCGCUAGUUUUCUACGGGACGUGGGUGAGAGCACCGAUUUCCGGGGACUUUCCGUGAACAACGCUGAAAUGUGACGUUUGUCGUCCUUCUUUGGAACAACUGUCCCAGCCGAACUGGACUUCUCCGUUUCCUUUUCCGUCCCCUUGUUCUGGAUCCGAACUGGACGGGGAGACUCGAGUCGUGCGCGCUGUCAGGUCUCUUGGGAUCGUGCGUCCAGGAUCGUGGGUCCAGGAUCGUGGGUCCAGCUUCCGUGUUUCCUGUUUCACACCGGGAAGGGAAGGGAAGGGAAGGGAAGAGCACCGGGAAGAGGAGGAUGAGGCUGGCCCAAAUCUCCCGCUGGUCUGAACCCACCCGAAUCUUCUUGACCCGGACGCCUCUGAGUAAUUAGAGAAGAAGCUCUGGACUCCGGCUGAACGCUGACUCCUUUACUCAAGACGGCUGGUGAAGAUGGGUCCUACCUGCUCAAUGUGUAUUUCAUUAAACUGGCGUCCAGUCUGAUCAACAUCAUCAGCGAUGUAGUCAGUCUGUUCAUCUGCGUCCUCAUCAUCUGCAGCAAGUUCUCGCAUCUGUUAAAGAAGGAGACCGUGAAGAUGAUCCUCCUGCGCAAAUUCCGGGUCCUGAUCCUCAUGGUGUUCCUGGUGGCCUGCUCCAUGCACAUCAUGAUCGACCUGCUACCCAAGCUGGAGCGUCAGGGCAGCGGCGGCUGCUCCUGCUCACACACGCCGAGCGAGGAGCCCGACCGCAGCUGGGCGAAGCAGGGCUGGCCCAACAAGCACACCCUGCGGAUCCUCCAGGACUUCAGCAGCGAGCCCAGCUCCAACGCGUCAUCCCGCUCCGUGGACCGGCUCCCAGCGGACCGAGCCCCGGGUCCGGAGCUCCUGGGCCAGCGCGCCGACAGGAAGAGACCCUUCACCCAGGAGGCGUGGGUGGCCAAGCACACGCCGGCCAAAGGUUCGAGGCUGUCGGCUCUGUUUGAGCAUUCCUUAUAUAGAAGGUCUCUGCCGGGUCUGACGGAGGAGGACACGCUGUUCAACGUGAACACGGACCUCAGAUUUGACCCCAAAGCAGCGGAGGACCCGGCAUGGACCGGGGAGGGCACCGAUGAUGAGUUCAGCCCGACUGGGGAGAUGACGGCAGAGUCCUACCCCAACUGGCUCCGCUUUCACCUUGGGAUUAACCGCUAUGAGCUGUACUCCAGACACAACCCGGUCGUCGAUGCUCUCCUUGAAGACCUGGUGACGCAGAGGAUCACCAGCGUCGCAAUGAAGUCUGGAGGCACCCAGCUGAAGCUCAUCAUGACCUUCCAAAACUACGGCCAGGCGCUGUUCAAACCCAUGAAGCAAACCCGGGAGCAGGAAACCCCGCCAGACUUCUUCUAUUUCUCUGACUUUGAAAGACACAACGCAGAGAUCGCAGCCUUUCAUCUGGACAAGAUCCUGGACUUCCGUCGGGUCCCUCCUGUUGCUGGCAGGCUGGUCAACAUGACGAAGGAGAUCAGAGAUGUAACGAGAGACAAAAAGCUGUGGAGGACCUUCUUCAUUUCUCCAGCCAACAACGUGUGUUUCUACGGAGAGUGCUCCUAUUACUGCUCCACCGAGCACGCUCUGUGUGGGAAACCGGACCAGAUCGAAGGAUCUCUGGCGGCCUUCCUGCCCGACUUGGCCCUCGCCAAGCGCAAGACCUGGAGGAACCCGUGGAGGCGCUCCUACCACAAGCGCAAGAAGGCAGAAUGGGAGGUGGACCCAGACUACUGCGAGGAGGUGAAACAGACUCCACCGUACGACAGCGGCACACGGCUGCUGGACAUCAUGGACAUGACCAUCUUUGACUUUCUCAUGGGGAACAUGGAUCGGCACCACUAUGAGACAUUUGAAAAGUUUGGAAAUGAGACCUUCAUCAUCCACUUGGACAACGGCAGAGGCUUUGGAAAACACUCUCAUGAUGAGAUGUCUAUCCUGGUGCCUCUUGUGCAGUGCUGCAGGGUCAGGAAGUCAACCCACCUGCGUCUGCAGCUGCUGGCGAAGGAGGAAUACAAGCUGUCCGUUCUGAUGGCAGAAUCCAUGACGAGGGACCGGCUCAGUCCCAUCCUCAUCCAGGUUCACCUGGACGCUAUGGACCGACGUCUGCGCCUGGUGCUAAAUGCUCUGUCUGAGUGCAUCGACAAGGAGGGCUACAGCUACGUGGUGGAGGACGAUCUCCAGGGAGACCUAGGGGCUGACCACAUACACAGCGGCCCAAGAAGGAGGUAGCCAGGGGGUGCAGAUGGCUGGAUUGGACCAACUUCCAGGGGAAAGGACACUGGAUAUUGAUCUGAAGCUGCCUUUUGCUGAAACUGAACAAGCAACCUGUGGUGAAUUCCUCUGAACUUCCAAGGAAGCCAGAACUUUCACCAGAACUCUCACAAACCAACCAGGGUUUCUUUAGGCAAAGGGGAGCAGAACAAUCCCAUUUUACCCGGACUCCUUAAAGUGAACAUGAAGUUGAGGUCCUAGUCAAAGUCUUGGAAGAGACAGCUUGUUACAGACACAUCCUGAACCCUGUGUUUGAAUUCAGUGAAUUCUGAGGGCCUUGAAGCGAAUCUCCCAACUCUUCCUCAACUCACUUCCUUAAAGCGAGGAUAAAACAUUCACCACAGGAGAGGAGGAGGAGCUGAAGCUGGAUCAAAAUGAUGUUUUCAAUGAUUUUAUUUGUAAAAUAUUUUGUUGCAUAGUUUCUUUUUUAACUUUAUUUCUGCUGAUCUGUUUCAGGAGGUUUUUGAUGGGAGUACAGGUUUACUCCUCGAUCAUGUUGUCCCUAAUCUUUUACUUGAGAAAGUAUUUAUUAAAGUUCAUAUUUAUUGUUUGCCAAAAAAUGAAAAAUGUUCUGGUAAAGAAGCCAAAUGAUUUUCAUCAACAGUAUAAUUCUCUGUUUCUCCACAAGAGGGCACCGUGAGCAUGUGCAACGGUCCAAGCCGGUAAAUCCAGACAUACAUAAAAUAUAUAUAUAAUAUAUCUUUAUAUAUGUCUAUGGUUAAAUCAGCAAUCUUUCUCUCCUCUUCUUUAAUCAGUUUCCAUCAGCUGUUUUUAAGCCAAAUGUGACACUAAUUAUUCAAAUUAUUAUUACUUUGGUUUGUAAUGUAUUUGAUGUCCUGAUGUUGCUGUUGUGGAGAGAUUAUUUUUCAGGUUGUAUAUUUCCUUCAUGACCAACAGCUGAAAUCUGAGCUGAAAGUUAAUAUAUUCAGUAGGAAAAUCUAGUGCCUGUGCAAUGAUAGAAAUACUUGAAUGUGUGGUUUCAUAGCGGAGCGGGUCCAAACUGUAGAGCUCUUCAUACGCGUCUGUGCUGAAUGAGGCAGAUUCCUAAUUAUUAUCCUUUUCCUGUGGUCCUGUCUGGGUCGGGCCAGAACAGCGUGUGUGGCUGAAUCCAUGGAGACCAUGGUCCUAAAGGGAAAAUGUUUCUUUUUUUUCUUUGACUCAUUGUUUUUUAUAUUUAGUUUUGUUUUUUAUUUCUUUGCAUCAUGGUAACAGUGCAAUAAAACAAAAUCAGCAUAA